CCGGCGCCGCGGAGUCUGGGUUCCGGGGUUCGUUGCCCGGGUUUCCGAGCCGGGCUGGCGUCUGGGGCCGGCCGGCUGCGCGCAUCACCACUCAGGCGUCGGACCCGCCGGACCCAGCCCCGCGGGCCCCCUCGCUUCCCGCGGGGGCUGGUCUGGGUCCCGGCCCCUCGGCCUCCGGCCGGCCCCGGUUCGCGCCGUCUUCGCCGCCCCAUGGAGUCCCAGUGCGACUACUCGAUGUACUUCCCGGCCGUGCCGCUGCCACCGCGCGCGGAGCUGGCGGGGGACCCGGGCCGGUACCGGGCGCUGCCCCGGCGUAACCAUCUGUACCUCGGGGAGACUGUCCGCUUCCUGCUGGUCCUACGCUGCCGGGGUGGCGCCGGGUCUGGUGCCGGGGGCGGCCCGGGCUUGAGCUCCCGAGGGGCCUGGGCAGAACUGGCAACUGCCCUGGCCGCCCUGGCUUCUGUCAGCGCCGGGGGCGUGCUACCAGGGGGCAGUGGCACCAGCGACCAGGACCCAGAACCUCCAGGGGGAGGGGACCCUGGGGGUGGAGGCGUGUUCCGAGGCUGCAGCCCUCUUCUCACCCACGGCCCGGGCCCUGCUACCUCAGGGGCAGCGACCACGCUGCCUGUGGAGGAACCCAUCGUGUCCACAGAUGAGGUCAUCUUCCCACUCACUGUUUCACUGGAUAGACUGCCCCCAGGGACACCUAAGGCCAAGAUUGUAGUGACCGUGUGGAAACGGGAGGUUGAGGCACCAGAGGUCAGAGAUCAAGGCUACUUGCGCUUGCUGCAGACCCGAUCUCCUGGGGAGACAUUCCGGGGCGAGCAGAGUGCUUUCAAGGCCCAAGUGAGCACCCUGCUGACGCUGCUGCCCCCUCCAGUUCUGAAAUGUCGACAGUUCACUGUGGCUGGAAAACACUUGACCGUGCUCAAGGUGCUGAACAGUUCCUCCCAGGAGGAAAUCUCCAUCUGGGAUAUCCGAAUCCUCCCCAACUUCAAUGCCAGUUAUCUACCUGUCAUGCCUGAUGGCUCUGUGCUGCUGGUGGACAAUGUUUGUCACCAGUCUGGGGAAGUCUCCAUGGGCUCCUUCUGCCGACUCCCUGGUACCUCUGGCUGCUUCCCCUGUCCUCUUAGUGCCCUGGAGGAACACAACUUCCUGUUUCAGCUGAGAGGGGGUGAGCAGCCCCCUCCAGGAGCCAAGGAGGGCCUAGAAGUUCCCUUGAUUGCUGUGGUUCAGUGGUCCACCCCAAAGCUGCCCUUCACCCAGAGCAUCUAUACCCACUACCGCCUGCCCAAUGUCCGCCUGGACCGUCCGUGCUUUGUGAUGACUGCUUCUUGUGAGUCCCCUGUUCGGACUUAUGAGCGCUUCACUGUCACCUACACACUGCUCAACAAUCUUCAAGACUUCCUUGCUGUGAGGCUUGUGUGGACCCCGGAGCAUGCACAGGCUGGAAAGCAGCUGUGUGAGGAGGAACGCCGGGCCAUGCAAGCAGCCCUGGACUCCAUCGUCUGCCACACCCCCCUCAACAACCUUGGCUUUUCCCGGAAAGGCAGUGCGCUCACCUUCAGUGUGGCCUUCCAAGCUCUGAGGACGGGGCUCUUUGAGCUGAGCCAGCACAUGAAACUGAAGCUGCAGUUCACUGCCAGUGUGUCCCACCCUCCUCCUGAGGCCCGGCCCCUCUCUCGCAAGAGCAGCCCCAGCAGCCCUGCUGUCCGGGACUUGGUGGAGAGGCACCAGGCGAGCCUGGGCCGCUCUCAGUCCUUCUCCCACCAACAGCCUUCCCGAAGCCACCUCAUGAGGUCAGGAAGUGUGAUGGAGCGCAGGGCCAUCACACCCCCUGUGGCUUCCCCUGUUGGCCGCCCUCUCUACCUGCCCCCGGACAAGGCUGUGCUCUCUCUGGACAAGAUUGCCAAGCGCGAGUGCAAAGUCCUGGUGGUUGAGCCCGUCAAGUAGCACCAUGCGGCUCUGCCCCCCCCAUAUACUACAGAAACCCAAAGCCCCUGGAGGGCUCCUCGCUCUCAGACUGUGCCUCCCCUGGGACACCUCCCACCGUGGGUGAAGAAGCCCAGCAGGGCCGCCUGUCUGUGUCUGCUGAUGGAUGAGGGCAGAAGUUGUGAAGUGGAUGGUGUGGCUGCAGUGCUCCGCCAACAGUGUUUCCCCAAGUUCCUGUGGGGGGGGCUGGCCCUACCCCAGCCCUUCAUCCUUGUUCUAAGUUUACAGAGUAUUUUCCUCAUUCCUAUUGUGUCCUUUCUGCCUCCAGCAUUCCCUCCCACCCACCCGCAGGGCUGAGUUUAGAAGGUGGUGUUGGUACAGGGAUUCUGACGAUGACCCUCCUGUCUCAGGGGUUGGGGAGAUACUAGGUGGCCUCCUCUGCCCCUCAUGUUUACGUUGGCAGCCUGAAGCACUUUAAGUUGUAUCUUUUUUUUUUGUCUGUUCCUGUAACUUAUUCUUGAACUACAGCUUCCAACUGAAAUAAGACUAUUAAAUGCCCAUUCAGGAGGGAGAAGAAU